UGGGCGUGACCAAGCCCACCUGUCCGGCAAGAAAGGUGUGCGUGCAAGUGGUCAUGUCACUUAUGUCCCGAUCUUUUGUUGAAAACAAGUUCAAGUCACAGUUUUGUUGCUGUUAAAUUUAUUGAAUAUUCCUCACCCAACUCGAUCAAUCACCGACUGGAAAGCUUUAAAGAUCAAUUUCGUUAAACUUUUUAUUUUUACUCUCCUCUCCGUUUGCUGUCUCGAGAAAAGGAAAAUGACUACACAAACAGCAAGGUUAUGCCGUCUCUUGGGCGCAGCUGCAGCCGUGAUCGGAAGCCACUACCUUCGUCCCAGCCGACUUCUUUUGCGCCACAAACUUAUCCUGGCAUCAAGUGGUGCAGGGCUGGUCACCCUCCUUACUUUUCCGUCGGUCAACGCUGCGUCAAAGCCCAAUUAUAUGGCUGAGCCUAUUAGUGGAUAUGAUGGUGUUAAAGGGAAAGACAUAAAAGCUCGCAUGGAACACAUGAUUAUGCUGGUGCAGGCAGAAUUUUGCCAAGCCCUGGAAAGGGAAGAGGCUGCAGGCUCCGUCGAUGCAAAUCCCAAGACUUUCAAGGUUGACCGUUGGACCCGUGCAGAGGGAGGUGGUGGAAUUACUUGCGUCCUCCAAGACGGCGAGGUUUUUGAAAAAGCAGGUGUCAACAUCUCGGUCGUUCAUGGAAAACUCCCUCCUGCAGCCGUGGCACAAAUGAGAGCAAGAGGAAAACAAAUGGGUGAAGGCGCCUUGCCUUUCACAGCUCUUGGCAUCAGCUCAGUCAUCCACCCAAGAAACCCAAUGAUCCCUACCAUUCACUUCAAUUAUCGAUAUUUUGAGGUUCAAGAGCCAAAUGGUCAGCGUCAGUGGUGGUUUGGCGGAGGCACAGAUCUCACUCCAUAUUACUUAAACGAAAAUGACGUUCGCCACUUCCACAAAACCCUUAAAACGGCCUGCGACAAGCACGAUGCCAAACUAUAUCCAAAAUUUAAGGCCUGGUGUGAUGAUUACUUUAACGUCACCCACAGAGGUGAGCGAAGAGGCGUCGGAGGCAUUUUCUUCGAUGAUUUUGAUGAACCAAAUCAGGACAAGGCCUUUGAAUUUGUGACAAGUUGUGCAAAUGCCGUCAUCCCUUCAUACUUACCAUUAGUCGAACAGCACAAAAAGGAUGGAUACGGGUAUGCUGAGCGCCAGUGGCAACUUUUGCGCCGGGGCCGUUAUGUUGAGUUCAACCUGAUUUACGACAGGGGCACAAAAUUUGGGCUUUACACUCCAGGAGCCAGAUACGAAAGCAUUUUGAUGUCUCUUCCUCUUACUGCUAGGUGGGAGUACAUGCAUCAGCCUGAGGAGGGUUCCAAAGAAGCAAAACUGACUGAAAUUCUCAAAAACCCUAAAGAUUGGGUUUAGUGUCUGGAAUUGUGUUAAGGCAGAUGGCGCUAUUGUGAUAAUUGCCCAAUACGAACAAGUUUUCGUAAAAACUUAAUAAUGUACAGAACAAAAGAAUUUAUUGAACAACGAAUUACUUAACUUUUUGGGUUCUACCUGUUGGUAAUAAAGUUUUAAAAUAUUUUUUGAUAUAUUUUCAGUCAUCAUUUAAUAAGCAAUCUACAUUAUCAAUCAUAAUCUUGGGGGCACAACUUUUCCUAGAUUUUGAAGCAUUUGAAGUUAACUUAUUAUGUAAUUCAUAGAAAUAUGAAACGAGGUUGUAUUCAUAUAAUUUAUUGAACUCAUUUUAGGAAGCAAAUGUCAUAAUUAAUCAAUGAGAAAGGUUAAUUGGUAUUUUUAUCACAAUCGCAAAAUCUUAAACUCACCAUCUGCUCACUUCAAAAAUUGUUAUUUAUUCAUAAUGUACAUUUUUUUUUUUUUAAAUUAUAAUUUAA